UCUCUCAACUUCUUUCCUGCAGUUCGACAAUCACCACCCCCAUAAUCAUGUCUGUCAGCUCCACCUCCGGAAGAACCAUGCUUCGGCGCACCGCCCUCUUCGGCAGCACAUUGACCACGAGCGCUGGCGGCGGUCUCGAGGCCUCGCGCUUCGCCCGACCGGCCGUGUUUGGCUCCUACCGCAGCGUCCACCGUUCCGCACGAUUGCCCGCCAUUACCCCCUCGGAGACCCGUCGACGGCCGACGUUGCAGCCUCAUCACCACUCGCUCGUGCAGGCGCGGGUGAACGGCCCGGCGCCGACGAGCAAGCGCACGAUAUUCAUUCAGACGGAGAACACCCCGAACCCUGAUGCCCUCAAAUUCAUCCCCAACCACCGCAUCCUCCCCGAAAACUUCCCCACCACCUUCCUGGAAUACCUCUCGCCGCGCUCAACGCUGGCACCCCCGCACCCCUCGCCGCUGGCCGCACAGCUCCUCAACGUUGAGGGCGUCACUUCGGUCUUCUACGGCCCCGACUUCAUCACCGUCACCAAGGCGGUGGAUUCGAACUGGGCGCACAUCAAGCCCGAGGUCUUCAGCCUGAUCACCCAGGCGGUCACGUCGGGCGAGUCGAUCGUCAACACGGUCGCCAAGGCCGGCGGCGAGGGCCAGGAAGGCGGGGAGGAGGACUCGCUGCGCUUUAAUGAGGAGGACGACGAGGUGGUCGGCAUGAUCAAGGAGCUGCUGGACACGCGCAUCCGCCCGGCCAUUCAGGAGGACGGGGGCGACAUCGAGUUUCGCGGGUUCGAGAACGGGGUCGUGCUGCUGAAGCUGCGGGGCGCGUGCCGGACGUGCGACUCCAGCACGGUGACGUUGAAGAACGGGAUUGAGUCGAUGUUGAUGCAUUAUAUCGAAGAAGUCCAGGGUGUCGAGCAGGUGAUGGAUCCCGAGGAGGAGAUCUCCAUGCACGAAUUCGCCAAGUUCGAGGAGAAGUUGCGCCAGCAGAAGGGGCCGGAGGCGACGGCCUCGACGGGGGGUAAGGGGACGCUGGACUCGGCUGCUUAG